GGGUGAAGGUGUUGAAUGAACGAGCAUGGGCUUAUCUGGAUAAGUGGCCGAAAGAAUCAUGGACGAAAUCUCAUUUUCGUGAAGGGCCUAAAAUGGACACUAUAUGUAACAAUGCCUGUGAAUCAUUUAAUGCAAGGACCAAACAUGAUAGGGGUAAGCCUAUCCUUACACUGACAGAGGAGGUUAGGAGGAUCAUAAUGAAAUCCAUGAUUGACAAUAGGGAGAAACUGGCUAACUACCAAGGUCUUCUGCCUCCAGUGCAACAGAGCAGGCUUGAGGCAAUGACAAAGCUUUCUCAGCAUUGGAGCCCACAAUGGAGUGGUGAUCAGAAUGAGGAGUUAUACGAGGUUCACGGCUGGCCAACGACAAUGGUUGUUGACUUAGGAAAUCGAACUUGCACAUGCAGAUUCUGGCAAUUGACAGGUAUAUAUUCUCACCCUAUAUUAAGAUUCUGAAGUGUACUACUCUUACACUGGAGUACUAUGUCUGAGAUAUUAACUGCUGCCACAGGUAUGCCUUGUAUGCAUGCCAUAUCCUGUAUACAAGAUAAGAAUGAUAAGAGGGCUGAGGAUUACUGCCAUGAGUGGUUAACCAUGGAAUCAUACCGAAAAACGUAUGCUUUCCAUGUUAAUCCAGUGAAGGGCCAAGAGUUAUGGGAAAAAACAGGUCGUCCUGCCCCAGUUCCCGCUCCAAUUAAGCCCAAACCAGGUAGACCGACAAAGAACAGAAGAAAAGACAAAGAUGAGGGAGGAUCUGGGUCCAAGACAAGAAUGAAGAGAAAAUAUAACCCCAUCCGAUGCAUGUUCUGUAGUGAGGUUGGACACAACAAGAGAACAUGCCAGAAGAAGAAACAGGCUGAUGCUGAAGAAGAAGCACGUUUAAUGCAGCUGCAACUGGCUUUAACUAACCCUAAUACAGAUGUACCAAACGAGCUCCCAACUGAUGCUGAUGGUGCAACUCUACAUAAUCCUCUCCCUUUGUCUGUUUCCCCACCACCAAAGCGGUCAAAUGCAGCCACUGAAACAACACCGGCUAAAAUGAGGGGAAGACCACCAAAGGUUCAAGUUUGUAAGGGAAAAGGGAAAAGAGCUGCCUCUCCCCACUCUGCUCCACCAACUGCAAUAGCUCCAAUUUCUGCUGGAACAAUCAGAGGAUCUAGUGCUGCGACAACCAAGAAGCUUGCGAGUUUUAUGAUCUUCGUCCCGACUCCAGGGUUCAAACGGCCUAGGAAGAAAGACGACGCCAUCUGAAGCACAUCCAUCUAAACAUAUGCAACCUUUUUUUUUUGUUCUAGGCUCUAGACUAAGAAAGACAUGUUUAUGUUUCUG